CACGAAACGGAACACUGGGCUGAUGAUCGCUGGGAUAUGGAUAUACGCAACUCUAAUCACGAUACCCCCAUUGUUUGGUUGGGGGGCAUUUGGAUACGAGAGACGCAACUAUACAUGUACAAUAAGCUGGCGCAACAACAUGUCCUACACACUGUUCUUGGCAGCCAACCUAAUAUUGAUAGCUGAGGUGACAGUCGCAGCUUGCUACUAUGCUAUCUUCAAAGCUGUGAGAAGGAGUGCCAAGCGCAUUGAAGACCACAAAGGGCAAAUGAACCUUGGGGAAAUGCCAAAGAAAAGAGACGAUCGAGUAGCUAUCCAGUUGUUUGUUAUCUUCAUCGCAUACAACAUUUGCUGGGGGCCUUACUUAAUAACAUCAGCCUUUAUUGAAUCUGACAAUUUCAACAUCUCAAUGGUUGGGUUUUUCAUUAUGAGUGUCCUAAUUGUAUUGAAUUCAUGCUGCAAUCCACCUAUUUAUUUCUUCAUGAAUCGACAAUUUAGGGAGGCUAUCACAAGUUUUUUUCCUACAUGUAAAUGUUGCCACCAGGAUAUCACAAGUCAUAGCACAACCCCUACUACAAAUGGUGGCAGAAUGCAUCCGAGAGACAACACAAACAACACUAGUUCAUAUGAAUCAGAGCCUACAAGAACCUAAAGUAUUUCAUAAACUUACAAUAUCAUGAAUGUCAAGUUUAUCAUGAAACUGAAAUAAUAGGGAGUUUAAGCUUACAAUGUUUUUUACAACCUAAACGUGAAUGGAAAAUA